AUGCAUUAGCACUAUCUCCCCCGUCCCCAAGAUUGGAAAAGUCUGAUAUUUAGAUAAUUUUUAUAUAUUACAAAAAAUAUGGAGCAAAAGAUAUUCCAGGAUAUUUUAGUAUAAUAAUAAUUUUUUAUAAUUUAUUUAGAUUCCAUAUAAUUUUGAUGUUUAAGAAAUACAAUAAUAAUUUGGAAUAUAUUAAAAACAGAUAAAAUAGGAAAGAGAAGAAUAUGAAUAGGAAUUGAAGAAGUAUUAAUAAUCAUUGUACAAUUUAGUUGA